CCAGAUCUCAUCUCAUCUCUCCUCGGCGGUUACUCCUCCCUCUUUCAUCUCCACAACCCCCAAGAUGACCAAGCCCAAAGCCAAGAAGCCCGAGAAUCUCGGCAAGGGCACCGUCACCCCCGUCCAGAUCGCCUUCCUCGUCGACCAGUACCUCUCCGAUAACUCCUACACCCAAUCCCGCAGCCUCUUCCGCACCGAAGCCUCUUCGCUCUUCUCCAAGUCCCCCCUUCGCGAGGUGCCGAAGAGCUUGCUGAGCUUGUCUGAGAUUCUGAACGAGUACAUAGCGCUGAAGGAGCAGAAGGUGUUGCUGGACCACGAGAAGGCUCGGGUGGAGCAGGAGAAGAGUAGAGUGCAGACGCUUUUGAAUGGGUUGCAGAUCUCCAUGAACAUUUAUAAUGCUGGUGGCAACCCCCAGAUUUCUAAGGCUUGCGAUGCGGUGCCGAAACAGAUGCUCAUGGCUCCUCAGCCUCGCUUAAUGACUGGGUCUUCUGCAGCAUUUCCUAUGCACCGAAUACCAGUUGUUUAUCCAGUAGUAACACCUGCCAACACCAACCUUGGGCCUGUGAACUUCUGCUCACCAAUCAUAAGUAACCUGCCGGCAACCAAGAGGAAGGCUUCAAAUGCUGGUGGCGGUGCCCCUCCUGCUUCUAAGAGGUCUCGCAGCAAAGCAUCUGUCAGUAAGAUUCCAAACAAAGCAGGUGUAGCAACACUUCUAGCAUCAAGUAGUUCACUUAAUAACCAAGGAAGUGCAGCACCCACUUCAGCUGUUCAAUCAUCACUGCAGAAUUGUGCUCCUAACGGUUCUUUGGUUCAAGGAUCCACUGUGGCCAAAUGCUUGUUCACCCAGCCUUCAUUUUCCAAUGCCACCAAUUCUUCUGUUCCUCAAACACCUCCACGAGCUAUUUCCUCUCAAACUGACAAAUCUGUGUCUCCUGUUGAAAAUUCUGCCAUUUCCACCAGCAGUGAUAAUAAUUCUCCUCCUGAAAUCAGUGCUAAUUGCUGCACCAUAUUUUCGUCCAAGAGAGUGACGCUUACCCCUAACAAAGCUUGCUAUACUGUGGAAACAAACCAUUGCAUUUCUUCCUCACCUGCCAAGACAAGCUCAAGGAUGUCAACUAGGAGGGAACAUGUAAAAGGGAGGCUAAACUUUGAUCGUUCGGAUGUGCCAGUUGGUUUGGACAAACCACUUACUGAUGAAAAAUCAGCUGACAAACCAAUCAGAGAUGAAAUUUUGACAUCUGAUUCUGAAAAAGAAGUUGACAUAUUUGACAUCGACAUGCCCAACUUUGAAGCACUGGGAGCAGAUUUCAACUUCAAUGAAAUGUUAGGUGAACUAGAUCUUGAUUAUGGAGAACUUGGUUUUCCUUGUCAACCUUCUUCGGCUGCUUGCAUGGGAAAUGUUUCAGGGUCCUCUCAUGAAUAUAUGGAUGGUAAUGAGGGAACUAAUCAAGUCAUGUCAGAAUUUUCAUCAACUGUGACAGAAGUAAUAUCAGAGAAGGGCACCAGCGCACAAGGACCUGAUUCUAUGACAACAAUGAAGUCUGUAACCAAAAGUAUCAGAAUUAUAAGCCCAGUAAAAAAGCGAGGAAGCUCUGUGGAUGAGAAGUGUACUGAGAUAAACUGAAUGGUUUGUUGGAAUAACUGAUAGACUGACAGAUGAUCUUUUGACUAUGUUAAUAUUCGACAACUAUGUUUAGAAGCUAUACCUGGCCUUGGUUUAGCCUUAAACAUCUCAAAAAAUUCCUUAGGCUAAUGGUUUGUUUCUUGUUAGUAUCAUAGGCCCUACUUGUAGUAGUUUGGGGCUCAGGGCUUACUAGGCUAAUGGUUUGUUUUUGUUCAUUAUGUAGUUUCUCACCGUAGGCUUGUCCAUAUUUGACAAGUGGUAUUGCCAGCAUGAUCAUUUGUUGAUAGAAUUCCUAUUCGUUUAUGAGAUUGAAAUGUUAAUCACGGAAGUUUUAGUUCCAGAUCAAUAUUGUUA